UACAAAAGGAAGUCAGGAAGAGCAUUAAAGUCACUGGCAGUCAAGGUGACAGCCAGCCUAAUAUAGACUGGACUCUCUCCUCGCAACACAAGGCAUAUUUCUUCUGCAGUGUGGCCAAAGGUGAGACACAGAAAAAGGAGGGAAUUUGAUGAUGCACCUGUGACCUGGGUUGUCUCCAACACCAAAUACCUAGGCUCAGGACCAGGACUGAAGCCUCCUUUUUCCUUCCCCAAGACCAUCUUCUUCCUGACCCAUCUCUGUGGGGCUGCUGCUCUCAGAGUAGAUCCAACCUAAGGCCAAGGACAAGAGUGAGAAGAGACAUGAGCUCAGAGUCUGAGUAUACUUCAGAUCAGGAUGUUUACAACAUGUCAGAUGCCCGUCUGGCUCUGACCCUGUGUAUCACCAAGAACCGAGCUGGAUCAGAAACUGAUGUGCAAGCCCUAGAGAAAAUGUUCAAGGCCCUGAACUUUAAGAACACAGUGAGGAGGAAUAUUCCAGCUAAGGGUUUCUGGGAGGAAUUGGAAAAGUUCAGAGAUGACAUGGACCAGAUGAAAGACCCAGUGAGCUGCUGCUUUGUAGUGCUCAUGGCCCAUGGUGAGGAAGGCAUAUUGCAAGGGGUUGAUGGCAAUACCAUUCGACUGGAUGAACUCUUUUGUAUGCUCACCAACAAGAACUGCCGGGCCCUACGGGGCAAGCCAAAGGUGUUCAUUGUACAAGCCUGCAGAGGAGAUCAGAAAGAUCCUGGUGAAGUGGUGAAGCCAACUUCAUCUGGAGGAGAUGUCCUCUUGGCAAAAGAACGACCUCCCAAACUCCCAACUUUCUCAGAUUCUCUGCAUGUCUAUGCCACAGUGGAAGGGUACAUUGCCUACCGGCAUGAAGAAGAUGGUUCCUUUUUCAUCCAGACCCUGGUGGAUGUGUUUACUAACAUGAAAGGCAACAUCCUGGAUCUCCUAACUGAGGUGACUCGGCGCAUGGCUGAUGCUGAACUGAUGGAAGAAGGCAAGCCUAGGAAAGUGAACCCUGAAGUCCAGAGCACUCUCCGAAAACUGUUGUAUCUUCAAUAAUGGGAGGGAUCUUGGAUGAGGGAUCUUAACCUUCUGUACUCCAUUGGUCUUAAUUAGGCUGACCAUCACUGACCUAUACUUAUAGACCCUCUCCAGUUUGUGGCCAAAUGACACAGCCUUCAAGUACCCAGAGUCACCCUUUUGCCACAGAAAAGCAUCAGAAUGGAUUCAUCUUCCUAAAACGUGGCAUUUAUCAAGUCAAACUCCCAACUGGCAUUCAAGGCUUUCCACAAUCUGAUCCUAUACUCCAUCUGCAACCUUAUUUUCUCCCUCUACUUCAAUUAGACUGGUCUCUUUACCCCUCCACAUCACACUUACUUCUUCCCUCUGUCUCCCUGACCACCACAUUCCUGCCCCCUCCCAUACCCCAGAUCAAGUAGGCUAGUUGCUUCAGUGUGCAUACUGGAACUCCAUAGGCAAAUGUAACCUCCUCAAAGGCAGACUUUUCUUUCUUGACUUUGUACCCCCAGUGCCUAGCACAGAAUGCGGCACACAUAAGGUGCCUAAUAAAUGCUUGUUAAGAAGAAUUAUCUAUCUUCCAAGGCCCAGCUCAGGCCCCACCUCCUCAGAGCCUUUCCUGAUUGCUCCAGUCCAUGUUGAUCUUGCCUCUUUUGACUUAAUACACAAUCUGUCCCAUAUACCCAGCAUUAUACGCUUGCUUCUAUGCUGUCUAGAAUUGUUUCCUGUGUGAAUCCUAUCACUAAUAGAGAAGAUGAUAACUUAUUUCUAGAGCAGUAAUGAUUUCAUUAAAUGCUUUCAUUAAAUGACUGAAUAUUGGACCUGAAGCUGAGUGAAACUUUUACCCCAAUCCCAUCCCUCUUCCAAACUUCCCUGGAGGGCAUCAUCAUCCUUCCAGACACUAAAAUUUGUACCUUUGGUAUCAUCUUCACUCUACUUCAUCCUCUGCAUCCAAAAAAGAAUAGCCAAAUUCCAUCAUUUCUACAUCAAAACAUUUCUCAUAUCUGACUUUUCACUACUCACAUAGCUACCAUCUUAGUUCAGGCUCUCAUUACCUCUCAAGUGGAACAGUAAUCUCCAAACUGGCAAUUCUGCCCCAGGUCUAUUCUCUUUCCAACACAAACUCUGCACAGCUGCCAAAAUUUUUUUCUUUAAGCUCAGACCUGAUCCGGUCACUCCCCUGCUAGGAGAGGCAGAUAGAUAGUCGAGUGGACAGCUCACUAGACCUAGAGUCAGAAAGACCUGAGUUCAAAUUCUGAUUCUAUUGUGUGACUGUGGACAAGUUACAACCUCUAUUUGUCUCAGUUUCCUCAAUUAUAAAAUGGGAAUAAUAAUAGUAUCUACCUCCCAGGAUUGUUGAGAGGACCAAAUAAACUAAAAGCUCUCAGAGCAGUGUUUGGUAUUUGGUAACUACUUAAUAAAUGCUUCCUCUGCUUGGCAUUUAAAGCUCCUUAUAACAUGGCCCCAACCCUUCCAGCUUUAUUAUAGAUUAGUCUCCUUCUUAUACUCUACAGACCUGACUUUGUUUGCUGUAUCUUGUACCCAACACUCUAUCCCUGCCUUUAUCCUCACUGUCUCCCAUGCCAAGAAUGCAUAUCAUCCUCAUCCCCACCUUGUAAAAAUCCCUUAUUUCCAGGGAAGGUAGGUGGCUUCAUAGAUUGAUAGCCAGUCCUAGAGAUGAGAAGUCCUGAGUUCAAAUCUGGCCUCAGAUACUUCCUAACUGUGUCAUUUGACCAGUCUUAUCAAUCCUCUGUCUUGGAAUCAAUAUACAAUAUUGAUUCUAAUAUAGAAGGUAAGGGGGUUUUAUUUUUUUAACCUUCUUUAAUUCAAGACCCAACUCAAACUACACUUUAUAAAUCUUGCUAAUACUCAUAACUCUAUAAUGCCCUCCAUCCCUAAACUAUCUUAUUUCACUAUCUUCUAUUUAUUUGGUAUUUGGUCUGUAUCUACUUGUAUGUGUACAAAUUGUCUCCCAGUCAGAAUGGAAGUUCCUUAAGAACAGACAUUGUUUCAUUUUUUGUCUCUGUAUCCCUAGUGCCUGCUUCACUUCUGAUCUGGACAGUCAUUCCUCUUUAGGUAACUUUGUGGUCUACCAUUCCUUACAGCUCACCAUAUUGGUGCUGAAGUUAGUCUAGACCCCACCAACUAGCACAGCAAACUAAAGCCCAAAUAAUUCUUCAGACUCAGACUUCCUGAGAGCCAGGGCUAUAGAUACACACCUUUCUCCCUACCAAGUAUCUGCCUCUCCUAGAGGGGGAGUGGCAUGAUCAGAUCUGAACUUAAGGGAGCCAAUCUCAUCUGGUCUCCAAAACCAAGCAGGAAUAGGCUUGGUUAGUUGGGUAGGUGACUGUCUGGGAAUAUUAGGUAUUAUAACCUUUUUUCUUUUCUUCUUUCUUUCCUUUUUCUUUCUUCUUCCCUUUCUUAUUUCUUUUUUUUUUUUGAGAGAACAUUUGGAUAAUAGAUAUAAAUCAGUCUUGAUGUCAGAAGAGCUCACUUUGUCAAGACCUCCCAUAUUGACCAUAUGACCCUGGGCAAGUCCCUUACUCUCAAUGCUAUAGGAAUCUCAAGACUAAAAGUUUCAGAGAAGGUUUUGGCUUAUGUUGGAAAGGGGAGCAUCUCCAUCUGUGAAUUCCCUAUACUAAUGAAAACAAAGGAUCAAUCCUUAUCCCCAGUGCCUGGCAUAAAGAAGUACUGGGCACUAAAUAAAAGCUUAUUGAUUUUUUGCUCCUUCCUCAUAAGAUUUUAUAAAAGAGCUAAUAUUCUAACUAAGUAUGACCUUUGGAAGUCAUUUUUCUCCUUUUGGCAAAUGUCAAGGGUUUACUGACUAAGGUAGCUUUCUAUGUUCUUAUUAUCCUUUUUUGGGUAUCAUUUUAAUCAGUGAAACUUUACUAAUGGCAUUAAUUGUAAUCUAUAUCAGUGUCAUUUCUACUAUCUAUUUCUCUUUUUUCAUUAUCAGUCAAUAAAAAAAUAUUUCUAAGUA